AUGCUUCAGGCACUUGAGGCAACGAACCGAAAAUGGCGUGGAUCGGUGAGCGGCAUCGUCAACGCACCCCUAGAAAAAGUGUGGCCUGUGGUCUCCCAAACAAACAGGUUAUCGGAGUGGAUGCCGAUGGUUGAACGCUGCACCAACCUGGCCGGAGAAGAGGCCAUUCCGGGUUAUGUUCGGCUGGUCUCGGGCUUCAUGUUUCCACAACCGGAUGGAGAGAGGUCAUGGAUCAAGGAAAUGCUGGUUUCUAUGGACCCCCUCUCGCACACUUAUGUGUACAGAAUGGAAGCAAGCAAUGUGGGAUUAGAUGGAUCUAUGAACAAACUAAUGCUCAUCGAUUAUGGCGACGAUUCGACGCUAGUUCAGUGGUCCUUUGAAAUAAACCCAGUGGAAGGAACAUGCGAGGAAAACAUCAUAGAUUACCUAGGAUUCCUGUAUAAAUCUUGCAUAAAUAAGAUUGAGGGUGCAAUAGAAGCUGCAUCUAAAAGAUCAGUUUGA